AUGGAUAGUUUCAUAGACGACGAAAUAAAUAAUUCCGCUAGUGAAAACGAACCUGUUUUAUUAAAUAUAGACGAUUUACUACAUUUGAAAAAGUCGAAAAAAAAGAGUAAAAAUAAUCGAUAUACUAAUUAUCAAUAUGGUAGUCAUACAUUUCGAAAAAUAGAGGAGCAAGAUAUGAACGAUAAUGCUCAUGAAUUUUUAUUACAUAAAGAAGAAAAUUUUAAAAUUCCAAAUAAGGAAAAUACAAGUAAGGGUUCGUCAAAAUGGUAUGUUUAUUAUAUAAGUGUUUGCUCUAAAAUGAAGAAUUUUUUUGAAAAACUAAUAAAUAAAUUAAAAAAUAUUUUCAUCAAUAAAAAAAGGGAAGAAAAUUUUUUUUAUUAUUCCAGUAAUGUGUCAAGUGACUUUCUGAAUAUUUUAGCUAACCGCUUAUACUACUCCAGAGUUACAGCAUAUUUGUAUUUUAUAGUUAUCCUAUUAAAUGUGUUUAUUUUGAUAUAUACAAUAUUUACCAAGAUACUUAGUAAAGUCAUUGUCGCUUCUGAAAUGUUUGUUAUACUCAUGUCGUUUUUGGAGAUCAGCUUACGAUUGACGACACAGGGUAGCAAUUAUUUUUACCACUUUGAUGGACUGUUCGACGUAACAGUAACAACAAUGUGCUUAUUAUUAUUAGUAAGUAGCGGGGAUAUAAAAGUGUUUUAUGAAAAUGACAUUGUUAAAACGGCAAACAACGAAAUGGAAGAAAUCGUAUCUCAAACUUUGACAAUGCUGAGAUUUUCGUUUCAGCUUUUUCGAACAGUUACCUUUUUUAUGCACUACAGAAGGACAAAGGCACCAACAGACAAUAUAGAUUUCUCUCUACUAAAUCUAUCGGCUGAAGACCCUUGA